AAGAAUUUCCCAAAACAGAGCAUGCAUUAAACGCGACGCGGAAGUUGAAGAGGGAUGAGAUGUUAUUGUUAUAAAUGGUAAUAUAGAUGAAUAGAUCCACUCGUUAACAGUACUGCACAGUGAAUAUGUUAUUAAUCCGUUUAUAACCAACCAACACAGACAGGCGCUGAUUGAUGCAGUUGAGUAUGAAAAUGAAACUGCAGGUGUUUCUCCGGCGAUGUUUUUUUUUUUUUAGCUAGAGCCAGUAGCUACACUACAGUACAAGAAACAUUUUUUUACUCAGUGUUUCUAAACACACAACCUGCCAGUCUGUCAACAUGCCUUCUUACUCAGAGUGGAGAAAAAGCAAUAAUUUCUAUUACUUCAUUAAAUUCACCUUAAAUGUCUACUCGAUGCUGUUCUCGCUGCUGGGCCUGUGUGUCCUGUGUGUGGGCGUGUAUGCGGAGGUGGAGAGGCAGAGAAACCGCACCCUGGAGGGGGUGUUCCUCGCCCCUGCUGUGGUGCUCAUCCUGCUGGGGCUGUUGAUGUUCACUGUGUCCUUGGUUGGCAUGGUGGGCUCCCUCAGGGACAACAAGACUCUGCUGCAUAUGUUCCUCUGCGUGCUGUGUGUUCUGCUGCUCCUCCAGGCUGUGGCUCUCAUCAUAGCGCUCAUCUUUGAGAAGAAGACAUCAGCCUUGUUCGAGAAUAGCAUACGAGAGGGAAUUAAACACUACUACGAUGACCUGGACUUCAAAAACAUCCUGGAUUAUGUGCAGGAGAAGUUCUCCUGCUGUGGUGGAGACGAAUACAAGGACUGGGGUGUCAACCAGUAUCACUUCUGUAAUGGCACCGGCCCACUGGCUUGUGGCGUCCCCUAUACAUGUUGUGUUCGUGGCACGGUGGGAGAGGUAGUCAACACCCUCUGCGGCUACAACACUCUUCAGGAACAUCGUGAGACCCUACAUGAGUUGAUCUACGUGCGGGGCUGCAUUCAUGCCGUCAACCUCUGGAUGGGGGACAACGUCGGCGCCACCAUCGGAAUCUGCUGUGCCGUCGGACUGCCGCAGCUGCUGGGCAUCCUCCUGAGCUGUGUGUUCUGGAACCUUCUGGUGGAGAUGAGCGAGUCGCUGGACAUGGUGGACUUCAAGUUCCUGAAGAGCGCCGGGUUCGAGUACAGCGAGCUGGACUUGUCUGGGGCCGGCUGCUGCCUGUGUCUGCCCCGGGACGGAGGCUACCUGCCCAUCCCCGAGUCGGAACCAGACACCUGGGCCCCCGACCCCUCGGACUUUGAGCCUGUCCAAUCACAGCGGCCCCUCACACGCUCCGUUCAAGACCUGAAGGGGCCCGGCCUGGGGAUCGGCCUGGACGAGGUCGACUUCAGGAUGAAGAGAAAAAUAGAUAAUUGAAGAGAACUGUUUCACUUUGUGUUUUUAAAUCUUCUGUUUUUUUGUUGAGGGAUAGAUUAGUCUUGUUGCACUAUGUAAUGGAUGAACCAAUCAGUUUUUCUGUUGAUAAAAGGGAUCACAGGAAUCAUGGCACUUUGGAAAGGCAUUUUUCCCUGCUCUCAGAAAUAAUUCCAUGCAAGAUGGUUUUAGAACAAGAAACUUGGUUAUUUAUUUAUUUUUACUUUUCUUGGGCAUUGAUAGUGUAGAUAUUGUUUUGAAUUAUGAGUGUCACAAGCUAAUGCCUAGGCCUACCUCAGCCUGUUGUGGCCCAGUAGAGACAUGAUGUUUAAAGAUACGUACAGUAUGAAGUUCCUAGCUUGAGAUGAUCAUUCUAGUCUGGAGUAGUCGUAGGCUGUUAAAGUAUUGCGUGCAAUGGUUGUAAUGGAUGUGUCUAUUUUACUAUGACCUUUUCAACACUCUCGUCUCAGUGUCCCGUGUGUUGUAAACAGAGCUGGAGUCAGCAAGGGAUGCAUGUUUUGUAUUUUAAAGAUGUUUACGGCUGUUAGGGUAAUCAUCAGGUUUUCAGUAUCUUCCAUUUUUUUUUACGAAGUUUUUAUUCUAUCCUGCUUUUCUUGAAGCAAAAAUAUACCAAGGAAUCAAAAUCUUUCCUAAAGGGAUUUCAAUCCACACUAAGAGCUAUCCACAUUGUUUUCAUAUCUGAUUUUUUGCACUGUUUGAGCUUCAUCACAGCUCUGGCCUUGUAUAAACACCACUGUCAUUGUCAAUAAAGCUGAUAUGCAUUUGUUUACUGA